UUGGACUUGCGCUGAUUCUGUAUUAACAAGUAACUCCGAUAUUGUGUGCAUCACGUCCGCUCGUUUAAUUAAUUAUUUAAAUAUGUAAAUAUGUAUUUGACAAAAGAGUGAUCGUAAUUUGUUUAUUGAUAUUUAAGUUUCUCGGGUGAAUAAAAAGUUGAAAAUCAUAUAAUUCAACAAUGUCUUCAAUUCGAAAAAGAACUGUCCAAGAUACGUCAGAGGCUCCACGGGAUGUCAGUGAUGAUCAAAAAGAGGAUGUUGAGUCUGAAGAUGAUGCCAAACUUGAAGUUGACGAAAUGUCUAAAACUUUAUCACAAGGAACAAAUCACAUCCCACAUCUUCUCGGAUCUAUUCUUUCCGGCCUACCAGAACGCUGGAAAAAUUGGGUAAUCCGAGGAAUCUUUACGUGGCUAAUGAUAAGUGGAUUUUGCCUGAUAAUUUAUGGAGGACCUUUAGCUCUAAUGCUCACGACAUUAAUCGUGCAGGUGAAAUGUUUCGAAGAGAUAAUCAAUAUUGGAUAUGCUGUUUAUCGAAUUCACGGUUUACCAUGGUUUCGAUCACUCUCGUGGUACUUUUUAAUUACAUCAAAUUACUUUUUCUACGGGGAGAAUUUGAUGGACUAUUUUGCCGUUGUAAUCAAUCGAACGGAAUAUUUACGAGUUCUCGUGACGUAUCAUCGCUUUAUUUCGUUUUGUCUCUACAUCACUGGUUUCGUAUGGUUUGUCCUGUCGCUUGUGAAAAAAUACUAUAUGAAACAAUUUUCCCUCUUCGCAUGGACUCAUGUGGCACUUUUAAUCGUCGUUACUCAGAGUUACUUGAUAAUACAAAACAUUUUCGAAGGUCUCAUCUGGUUCAUUGUACCAGUGAGUAUGAUAGUCAUAAACGAUGUGAUGGCGUAUGUUUUUGGAUUUUUCUUUGGCAAAACACCAUUAAUAAAAUUGUCACCAAAAAAGACGUGGGAAGGAUUCAUUGGUGGCGGUAUUGCGACUGUCGUACUUGGACUAUUGAUGGCGUACGUUAUGUGUCAAUAUCGCUACUUUGUUUGUCCAAUUGAAUAUAGUGAAACUUUGGGUCGAAUGACAAUGGACUGCGAACCGUCGAGUUUAUUUAAACCACAAGAAUACACUUUGCCAGAAAGUUUACAAACUAUAACAAAAUUGAUCAACAUGAAGACAACCAUCACAAUUUAUCCAUUUUUACUGCACUCAUUGUCGAUGUCAGUAUUCAGCUCUGUGAUAGGGCCUUUUGGAGGAUUUUUCGCUAGUGGAUUUAAAAGGGCAUUUAAAAUCAAGGACUUUGGAGAUAUUAUUCCCGGACACGGUGGAAUAAUGGACAGGUUUGACUGUCAAUAUUUAAUGGCAACAUUUGUGAAUGUUUAUAUCUCUUCUUUCAUUCACACCGCCUCACCUCAAAAACUUCUGCAGCAGGUUUUUAAUUUAAAAUCCGAGCAACAAUUACAAUUGUUUCAAUCGUUGAAGGAUUCAUUGGAACAUCGGGGAUUAGUGAAUGCUUCCUGUUAAUUGAAUUUUUCAGUUAUCUUAUUUCAAAAAAAAAAAAAAAACAAAAA